AUGUUCCAGUACAUCCAGAAGCAAAUCCAUGACCAUUUAGCUGAACGUGGGAUGCGUCAGACUCGCCUUGUGACCAAGGAUGGUCACUGCAACAUUGAGUUUGGGAACAUAAGAUAUCCUAAUCAUAUUGCUUUUCUUAUGGACUUUUGGACAACCUUUGUAGAGAUUCGCUGGCGUUUUGUUUUAUGCUACUUUGUUUUUGCAUUCACUGGGAGCUGGUUUAUCUUUGGCCUGUUAUGGUAUUCGAUUGCGAAAAGUAAUGGGGACCUGCUGGGACAGAAUUCAACAAAUAGUCAGGUCAGAUGUAUUGAAAAUGUAAAUGGUCUAACAACUGCUUUUCUUUACUCUCUUGAGACACAGACUACUAUAGGAUAUGGUGGUCGUGCUUUAACUGGGCACUGUAUUGGCACAGUAAUACUGAUCAUUAUUCAGUCCCUCAUAGGAGCCAUUAUAAAUUGUUUUAUGUGUGGGCUCAUUUUGGCGAAGAUAUCCCUCCCAAAGAAGAGAGCAAAAACAGUGACUUUCAGUGAAACAGCUGUUAUCUGCCUGAAGAAAGGUAGUCUCUGUCUGCUUAUAAGAGUGGCCAACUUGCGAAAGACUUUACUGAUUGGGAGUCAUAUUUAUGGCAAGCUGCUUAGGACCACUAUUACAUCAGAGGGAGAAACCAUCAUUUUAGAUCAGAUCAGUAUUGACUUUACCGUGGAUGCAGGCAAGGACAAUCUUUUUUUUGUGUGCCCACUCACACUUUGCCAUGUCAUUGACAACUGCAGUCCUUUUGGGGACAUGUCAGAAGACACCCUACACAAAGAGGAGUUUGAGCUUGUGGUGUUCCUAGAUGGCAUUGCUGAAUCCACCAGCUCUUCAUGUCAAGUGCGAACCUCUUUCAUUCCAAGUGAGAUCCAGUGGGGUCACAGUUUCCUGCCAAUUGUGUCACGGACUAAAGGGGGCAAGUAUCGUGUGGACUUUUCUAACUUUUCCAAGACAGUGCCAGUGAAAACUCCACACUGUGUCUAUUGCUUCCAAAAUAUCAGUCAGCAUGUCCAUAGCCAUCAGACAAAAGGAGGUAUUGACAACACUGGAUAUGAGGUGAUUGAUAUUGAUGAAUCUACAUAUGUUACAAAUAUGUGGACCGAUCAGGACACCACGGACUUCGCCAGGUGGCGUGCCGCCCACCAGAGAAUGCUUACUGGUGGGCGGACGACAAACGCGGUGGGAUACAAAAUGUUCCUAGAAGAGAGGGGAUUGGUGGGGAGGGAUCUUAAAAACCCGCCCACAGGGGUGAGCACAGAGGGGAGUGAGGCCACUGCCGCGUCUUGGAAGUGGUUUGACCUCAUGCAUGAGCUAAUUGGGGACAGGCCGUCUGUGACUCCGCCUGUCCUCAUCGUAACCAGCUCCCAGGGCGUGGUUGUGGUCACACCCCCCUCCACUACUACCCCAGAAAGGGAGGAAGGUGAGGCAACAGGUGGUGAGGCAGGUGGUGAGGCAGGAGGUGAGGCAGCACGGACACCCACCCACAACAGACAGACACCCACGUCAAGGGCUCCUGUAGUGUCCAGGAGGCGGCAGGUGGACGCUGCAGAAGUCCUGAGAGACCUCCAGAGGCAGGACGAGCUGGAGUGGAGGAGGAUGCAGGAAGAGGAGAGGGAGAGAGAGGAGAGGCGAGAGGCGGAACGGGCCAGGCAGGCGGCGGAGAGAGAGGAGAGAGAGGAGAGGAGGAAUAAGGAGCUGUUGGAGAGGCAGGAGAGACGGCACCAGGAGGCAAUGGCCAAGGAGGAGAGGUGGAGAGAGGAGAUGAGGGAAAGGGAAGAAAGAAGGGAUAGGGAAGCUGCAGCCAGGGAGGAGCGCUUCCUUGCCAUUUUGGAGAGGCUGGCCCAGAAAUGA